AUGCAUGCGAAUAGGCUCUUGGUCUUCCAUGGAUACAUCGUCAAAGAUCACAAUGCUGUUAUUGUGAGCCUCUUCCGUCAUCCGGACGCUGUAGUUAAAGGUGGAAGUGGACUGGUCAAUACACUCAUCAACAAGUUACUGUUUGAAUUGCAUGUGCCCGGAUACAAUUAUUGUGGACCCGGUACAAAUCUGGAAAAACGUUUGAAGAGAGGUAACGUAGGCAUCAAUCCUUUAGAUGAGGCGUGUAAAUCACACGAUAUUGCAUACGCUAAAAACGCAUCGUUAGAACCUCGACAUAGGGCUGAUUUGGAGUUGGCAGCAAGUGCAGCGAGGCGUUGGCGUGAAUCGAACAGCCUAUCCGAGAUCCGAGAUUGGUAG